AUGAUGGAUCAAUAAAUUACAGUAUUUAAUGUGUUCUUUGCAUAAGUUGAUUUUAUUAGGAGUUUUACGUUUUAUAGAAAAUUGAGACAUGAAAAAAAAUAAAAGUUAGUAGCAGUUUGGAGAAGAGUCUUUUUAGCAACCUAUUUUAUAGGGAUAAUGAAAUCAUUUUAGAAUAGAGUGAAAAUUUUUGGGGCCAUUAGAUAAGAUGAUCAUAUGAAUAUGAUAGAAGAUGAAGUUUUUAAAUCAAACUAAGAAGAGAAGAAAACUUAUAUGUUUUAUCCAGAUGAAAAUUUUAAAACUUUCUGGAAUAUGCUAUUAAUCUUUUUAUUACUAGCUACAGCAGUUAUUACUCCAUUUAAAGUUUGUUUUGUAAAUAUUAUUAUAUUGAUUCUAGAUUGAUUCAGGUAAUGAAGGGUUUUGGUUUUGGAUUGAUAUAAUAUUUGAUGUAUUAUUUUUUGCAGAUAUUGUAAUAAAUUUUUUUAGUGCAUUUUUUGAUGAAGAAUAAAGAAUUAUUGAUGAUUAUUAGAUGAUAGCAAAAUAGUAUUUAACAGGAUGGUUUACAAUAGAUUUUAUAGCAGUUUUACCAAUCACAUAUUUUUUAGACGACAACACAGAUGCUCCAGCCUUAAGAUAUAAUAAAUUAUUAAGAUUAAUUAGGUUGCCAAGAUUGUAUCGAUUAGCAAGAUUAUUAAAAAUGUCAAAGACUAAUUUAAAUAUAAAGAAUAAAACUUAAACAGCCAGAAUCUUAUCCUAUUUUGGAAUAAAUGAAGGAAUAAUCAAAGGUUUAAUCUUGUUAGGUAAAAUCUUAUUAAUAAAUCACUUAAUUGCUUGCUUUUGGUAUUUUGUAGCCAAAUUUAAUAAUUUUGAAGGCAACACAUGGGUUGCUUAAGCAAAUUUGAAGGAUUCUUCACUAUAUAACUAAUAUAUUGCUUCUUUUGAAUGGAGCUUAUAAACUUUGACUACUGUUGGUUAUGGAGAUAUAAAGGCAACAACAAUUGAAGAAAGGGUAUUUGCUAUAAUUUGGAUGAUAUUUGGGACUGGAUUCUUUUCAUAUACAUUAGGAAAGUUGUCUUCAAUUUUGGAGAAUGUAGAUAAAAAAUGGGUAGAUUUUGAGAGGAGAAUGCAUUUAUUUAAUGAUUUUUCUGUUCGAGUUAAAUUACCAUAUGCUUUGAAAUGCAAAGUACAUAAAUAUUAUAGAAAUAAUUAUCUAAAGAAUGUAUAUACAUCAUUAGAUCCAAAAAAAUUAAUCUAAGAAUUACCAUCCUAGUUACGUAAUGAAUUACUGAUGAUUUGUUAUAAAUAUUUAAUAGAUAGUGUAUCCUUAUUGAAAAUAGAUAAUAAUUUUACAGCUACAAUUUUGCCACAUCUUAAUUUUCUCGAAGUUCAUCCAGGAGAGAUUAUAUAUAGAGAGGAUGAUCCACCAACAGAUAUUUAUUUCAUAGAAAAAGGAAAAGUGAAUUUUGUUACUCAUGAUAAAUAUACAUUAAUAACAUUAUUAGAAGCUUCAUUUUUUGGUGAGAUUGAAGCAUUUGAAGAUAUCAACAGAGAAUAUUUUGCUAUAGCUAAAGAACCUACCAAUUUGUAACAAAAUAUUAAUAUUUAGAUUCUUUUGUUCUUAUGAAAAUUUUAGAAAUUUACUAAAGGAAUUUCCAACAGUGGCAUCUGAAGUUAAGUUGAUAUAUGAUAAAAGGAAAUAAAAAUACAAAACUUGUCUCUAUAUGAUUGAAUUGUAGAGGAAGAGAAACUCAGGAUCAGAAUCAAAAGAUGUAAACAAUCAAUUAAUCUUGUCUUAGGAAUUAUAAAAUAGCACUUAAUAUUAUCUUGGAUUGAUUGCACAAUAUGAGGAGGAACAAAAUAAAUUAAAUGUUAAAAAAGGAUUGAUUUCAAAAAACAAAUAAAGUGUUUUAGACCAAUUUUCUUUCAAAAAGAAACAAGAAAAAAUGUCAGUAUUUUAAACACUUAAGUGA